UAGACUCUCUCUCUCUUUGUCUCUGUUUCCUCUUUGUCUCUGUUUCUCAAGAAGAAGAAGAAGAAGAAGAAGAAGAAGCUCUUUGGCUAUGGCUGCCGAUGUUAGCUCCCUACAUAGAGUUUUGAGCGGGUAUAAGGAUGAUCUGACGGUGGGGAAUGAAUCCAGUGGAGCAAAAUCAACGGCUUUGAUCACCAAGGACUUGCUUGGAGUUGGUGGUGGAGGUGGCUCCGCCUUGAAUAUGAAGAAUAACGAUCAAUCCCAAGAACUUGACCUUGACCUCCAAGUCCCUAGUGGAUGGGAAAAGCGCCUAGACUUGAAGUCUGGCAAGGUCUACUUGCAAAGAUGCAAUUCAUCAAAUUCAUCAUCGUCAUCCGAUGGAACAAAGCACCAAAUUAAUCAAACAGUACCCAAGCUUCAAGAUUUGAAUUUCCCGCCAUCGCCCUCUAAAUCAUUGCUAAACCUUUUCGACGAGAGCAGCUUGGAAUUGAAGUUAGUCUCAUCGUCGCCGUCAUCAUCAUCCCCUAGCAAUUACCAGAGCGUGUGCACCCUCGACAAAGUAAAAUUUGCGCUGGAAAGGGCUGAGAAAGAGCCGCCGGUGGUCAAGAAGCGCUCAUCAUCGCUGUGGAAAUCAUCCUUAUCGCCUUCGUAUUCAUCGUCAUCGUCGUCGCUCAGAGACUCGCAAGAGGGUGAAGGCGAAGACAAGUUACUCGCAUCGCCGGUCGCAGCAGGCUGCCCCGGAUGCUUAUCCUAUGUGUUGAUAAUGAAAAACAGCCCUAAAUGCCCAAGGUGCAACACCCUUGUGCCCAUGCCAGCUGCUAAGAAGCUUCGCAUUGAUCUCAACAUAUCAAUCUGAGAGACCGGGUGGGCAGGGGAAGAUUUCUUUUUUUAGUUUUAUUAUCGAAAUGCUUAUAAUUUUUGUAAAUGAUAGAUGAUCAAUUAGGGGGAGUGGGGUUUAAAGAUAGAAAUGUUAGGAUAAAUUGAGCAAUAUGUAUAUUUGGAAAAGGAAAGAGGAAAACAUUUGGGGUUGGUUGUUUUUGUUGGCAAAGCAGAUACAAAAUUUUUAUCCCUUUUUUCUGAUUCCAUAUAAAUUCUAUGUUUUCAUUCUUUA